UUCUUCCUUUGGUCACCAAGGUAAACUCCCUCCUGUCUCACAGACAACGCUGGAGACGCCUGAAAGCACAUCUGGCGGCACCUAUGUGACACAUGCUUUCAGCUGCACCUUGUCCAGUUGGAACCACCGUUGAACCAAGGAGGACCAACGGAGGACUCCAUGUCCUCCAAGAGGAAAGUGUGUAUCCAAUUAAAACUAUAGGACAUGCAAUUGCCAUCCAUCCAUCCAUCCAUCCAUUCUCUUCCGCUUAUCCGAGGUCGGGUCAUGGGAGCAGCAGCCUAAGCAGAGUAGCCUAGACUUCUCUCUCCCCAGCCACUUUGUCCAGGUCCUCCCGGGGGAUCCCGAGGUGUUCCCAGGCCAGCGGGGAGACAUGGUCUUCCCAACAUGUCCUGGGUCUUCCCCGUGGCCUCCUACUGGUCGGAGGUGCCCUAAACACCUCCCUCGGGAGGCGUUCAGGUGGCAUUCUGACCAGAUGCCCAAACCACCUCAUCUGGCUCCUCUCCAUGUGGAGGAGCAGCGGCUUUACUUUGAUCUCCUCCUGAAUGACAGAUCUUCUCACCCUAUCUCUAAGGGAGAGACCCGCCACCCGACGAAGGAAACUCAUUUCGACCGCUUGUACCCGUGAUCUUGUCCUUUCGGUCAUAACCCAAAGCUCAUGACCAUAGGUGAGGAUGGGAACGUAGAUCGACCGCUAAAUUGAGAGCUUUGCCUUCCGGCUCAGCUCCUUCUUCACCACAACGGAUCGAUACAGUGUCCGCAAUACUGAAGACGCCGCACCGAUCCGCCUGUCGAUCUCACCAUCCACUCUUCCCUCACUCGUCAACAAGACUCCGAGCCCCAUUUGCUUCGAGAUGAUAGAAGAGGCACACAUGACCAAGUGUGGACACAGUUUUUGCUUCAAAUGCAUCCGCCAGAGUCUGGAGGACAGCAACAGGUGUCCCAAGUGCAACUACAUUGUUGACAACGUGGACCAGCUCUACCCCAACUUUCUAGUCAACGAACUGAUCCUGAAACAGAAGCAGCGAUGUGAAGAGAAGAGACUGAAGUUGGACCAUCCUAACGGAUCCAGGUGGCAGGUGUUCCAGGACGUGUUGAGUCCAGACCAGGACAACCUGGACCUGGCCAAUGUCAACCUCAUGCUGGAGCUGCUGGUUCAGAGGAAGAAGCAGCUGGAGGCGGAGUCCCAAGCCGCUCAGAGACAGAUCCUCAUGGAGUUUCUUAACGAGGCCCGGAGGAACAAAAGAGAGCAACUGGAGCAGCUCCAGAAGGAGCUCAACUUCCUUGAGGAGGACAUCAAGCGUGUUGAGGAAAUGAGCGGGCUGUACUCUCCAAAGAUGGAGGCAGAGUGUACUGUGCCCAAUGUGGAGGCUUCCUCACCUUCACGCAGCUGCAGUAGCAUCAUUGAGUCACCAGACUAUAACCCGCCUCCAGGAUUUGGUGCAACAACACAGGGCAAGAGACAGACGUGGUACAACAGCACACUAGCAUCACGCAGGAAAAGGUUGACGGCACAUUUUGAAGAUCUUGAGCAGUGUUACUUCUCCAACAAAAUGUCACGCAUCUCAGAUGAAGGCAGGACCUUGAACCAGCUGGAUGACUUCAAGGAGUGUCUGUCCAAGUUCACGCGCUACAACUCUGUCAGGCCCUUGGCCACGCUCUCCUACGCCAGCGACCUCUACAACGGCUCCAGUAUCGUGUCCAGCAUCGAGUUUGACCGAGAUUGUGACUACUUUGCCAUUGCCGGCGUGACAAAGAAGAUCAAGGUGUUUGAGUACGGCACGGUGAUCCAAGACGCGGUGGACAUCCACUAUCCUGUCAAUGAAAUGACCUGCAAUUCCAAAAUCAGCUGUAUCAGCUGGAGCAGCUAUCACAAGAACCUCCUGGCCAGCAGCGACUACGAGGGCACGGUCAUAUUAUGGGAUGGAUUUACCGGCCAGAGGUCCAAAGUCUACCAGGAACAUGAAAAGCGCUGCUGGAGUGUGGACUUUAACCUGAUGGACCCCAAGUUGCUAGCGUCUGGUUCUGAUGAUGCCAAAGUCAAGCUGUGGUCCACCAACCUGGACAACUCUGUGGCCAGCAUCGAAGCCAAGGCCAACGUCUGCUGUGUCAAGUUCAGUCCAGCCUCCCGCUAUCACCUGGCCUUUGGCUGCGCAGACCACUGUGUCCACUACUACGACCUGCGCAACACCAAGCAGCCCAUCAUGGUCUUCAAGGGCCACAGGAAGGCCGUGUCCUACGCCAAGUUUGUCAACGGGGAGGAGAUCGUUUCUGCGUCUACUGACAGCCAGUUGAAGCUGUGGAACGUCAACAAGCCUCACUGCCUGCGCUCCUUCAAAGGUCACAUCAACGAGAAGAACUUUGUGGGCCUGGCCUCCAAUGGAGACUAUGUAGCCUGUGGAAGUGAGAACAACUCCCUCUACCUGUACUACAAAGGACUGUCCAAGACCCUGCUCACCUUCAAGUUUGACACGGUGAAGAGUGUGCUGGACAAGGACAAGAAGGAGGACGACACCAACGAGUUUGUCAGCGCCGUCUGCUGGAGGGCCCUGCCACAUGGAGAGUCUAAUGUGCUGAUUGCUGCCAACAGUCAAGGAACUAUCAAGGUACUUGAGCUGGUGUGAAGUGAUCCAGGCAGGAUGAUAUCAGGUGACUCAGCAAUAAAGGUGACAGUAUCAAUAGAACAAUCAUCAAUGUGUUAGCUCCUCCUCCUCCUCAUAUUACUGCUGGUGAUGUCACACUCUGCCUGCUGCUGAUUGGAGACUUUUCUAGAUGCCCCGCCCCCUGCAGCAGAUCUAUUUUAUCAUAGUGUUUUCUAUUUGUGCAAGUGAAUAAAUUAUUUCAACUCUU